AUGCCUCCACUGAAGAACCUCGAGCAGGAGUUCCCGAUCAUUGAUGCCGAAUUCCGCCAGUUCUGCUCUUCCCACGGCAUCUUCUCAGGUUGGAUCCUGUACGAACCCCGCGGCUGCACCAUUUUCUGGCGUCCAUGCUCUCUUCUUCUUCCGUUCGUUUCCGACGGUUUCCAUCCACUCACUCGCGUUUUCUUUCUUCUUCCUUCCUUCCGUCGCUCAGUGGAGGAUUUCCUCGUGAAUGAUCUCUAUUCGCUUGCGGCAUUCGCCGAGGGCGAGGCGAUCUCCGAUAAGUUGAAGCAGGUUAUUCGCUCUGAUGCUAGCCCUCUUUCCCCACUUUUGCUCCGUGGAUCGUUCGCAAACAGUUUCUCAACUCUGAACAGCCGGGGAAACUGGUGUGGAACAGGGUAUUGCCCAGGUGCUGUCUAUAAUAGAUCGCCAACACCAGCCUUGGUUAAAUGGCCUGGAAUUGCUGGAGGAUGCGCAGAUGAAGAAGAGAUUCCUUCCCACAGGGUGCCAAUGGUGUGCUGCCCUGGAUCAAAACUAUUCUCCGAGCUUUAGUAACCUCAAUACGAUGCUUCAGUCAUGAUCUUGUCUCCUCUUUGCUCUCAUUUGCUUUUUACAGGGUCGACUCGCUUCUUCAGGGUGGACUGCGGGAGGGUCACCUGGUAGAGUUAGCUGGGCCCUCUUCAUCCGGGAAAACACAAGUAUGACUACUCCUAUGCCAGUCGUAGAUGUUUUUUCCAUAACUAGGAGGAAUGGAAAACCGCCGAUAUUGGUAUACUCUCCUACUCUAUAUGAUGUAUGUUAGAAACUCCCAUAAACAUGCUCGAUGCAAACUGCGACAAAGCUCGCUGCUUUCCUAUCCAUGGUCGUUAUUAAUGGAGUCCAUUGAAGCAUAUGCUUGCUCGUAAACUGCGUUGUGUAUGCAUGAACGAGAGUGAUGACUUAGUCUUUGAGCUUACUUCAUUGAUCUGCAGCUUUGCCUACGUGCUGCUGCACACAUCGCUGACAGGAAGCUGGGAACCAUUAUGUUCUUGGAUACGGGGAAUUCCUUUUCACCAGAGCGGGUUUCAUCCUUUCUAGAUCCUUCCACAACCUCCAGUUCAUUGCCUAAAGAGGUAUCGUCUCGUUCUGGUGAAUAUUUUGGUAACUUGUUUGGUUUCCUUCUCUUUGCAGGCAUCUGCUUUGUAUUGCUGUUUGCCAGCUCCGGUUACCCGAAAUAGCUUCACUCAGUUUUUUUUUUUUUUUUUUUUUUUUCUGUGCCUCUUGAAUUCGGCUUUUACAGAAAUUUCUUUGGAUGGUUCAGGCCCAAGAAAGAAGAUGCCGUAGAGUAAUGAGUAGCAUAUUAUGCCGGUCAGUCUUUGAUAUAUUUGAACUACAGGAUGUGCUAAAUCGGUUAAGUAUCACGCUGGGACGUAAGGUUCUCUUCGCAACCACUGGCUUUGGGCGCUUUUUUUUUUGGGCAAACUCAGCUUGGGGAAUGCGGCUUAAACUAGUUUCUGUGAUCGUGAUUCAGGGAAAGGAUGAAGCCACCAGGUUGCGUUUACUUGUUAUUGAUUCCAUCUCAUCACUUAUAACACCGAUUCUUGGAGGCAGAGAUUCACAUGGUACAUAAGCCCUUGGAUGUCUCUUUGGCGAAUCGUUUUCAUCGAGUUUGUGUUGAAAAGUUUUGUCGUCGGCACCUGUUCUUGAAGUCGAAUAUGAAAAUGCUGUAGUUCAAGCAAUCAAUUUACUGAAUGCCAGCAGAAAUCCAACAAACAGCACAGAAAAUAUCAGUGAUUCUUUAGGAAGGGGUUUCUCUACCCUUUCAUUCAAAUUUAUUGUUGCAUUUUACAUUUUUCUAGCGGUGGAAAUCAAUUAUCAGUGAACAAUGUUUAUUUAUUUAUUAUUUAUUAAAAAAAAUCUGAAGCAUGGCAUGAAUAUUGCCCACUAUUUUCGCUCAAAUUUUAUGGUCUUUGGCAUCUCACAUGGAUGAAUUAAUUUCGUCAUUCAUGUCUGAUGCUGAAUCGCAGGCCGAUCAUUGAUGGUCUCUGCUGGAUAUGCCCUAAAGAGACUGGCUGAUGAGAGUAAUCUCUGUGUGCUGGUAAGCAAGAUCGAUCAUACCCAUAUAUAUUGUGGAUUUAAGGGGUUCGUUUAAUUAUUUGCCUUGUCUUCAUUUAAAUCUUUUGUCUUUGAGAGGGCGACUGGAACUGAUUGUGUUCUUCGUGUGACAUCAAACAAGGUUACGAAUCACAUGGUGGGCGGGGAGGGAGGCCUCCCCAAGCCCGCCUUGGGAGAAAGCUGGAAGAGCAUCCCUCAUGUCAGGCUACUGCUAUCACGCGAACAUGGGAGCCACAUAUCCACAGUAUCUGUCCUCAGGCACACUUCCAUGGUACCCGUUUCCUUCUGUAUCUAUGCCUGAAUGGCCAUUUCAGGCAGAGCAAGCACGCUUCUCUGGUUUUCAUCUUCUUCUUCGUCGCUGCUCUCACGUAUCUCGCUUUCUCUCAGGCCCCCGGCGGAGCGGCGAAGUUCGCCAUCGACGGCGGUCAGCCGAUCGCCGUCUCUCCCGAUUAA